AUGACGGUGAAAACCAGGUGUCAGCAGCGUCGAGCCCCCUUUCUUCAUCGCAACUGGAUCAAAGGCGCCAGAGCCUUGAAGGACUCUGCAGCUAUGGGCAACAUAGUAUCUUCACCCAUCCAUAAAGGAUCGCAUCACAUUGACAACGACGGGGGCCCGCCACUCAAGAGGCGACGCAUCUCAUCGCCCGACUCCCUGGAUGUCGACCAUCUCAUUGCUUCUCCCCACGCCUCCGAUUCGAGAUCUGCUUUACGUAUCGAGGUUCUCAAGAUUGCCCACAAGGAUUCCAAAAAGGUCAGAUCUCAUCUCGCCCACGCUCCCCCCCGCGAGGUAAUUCCCACCAAAGCUAGCUGCAGGAUCACCAUCUCUGAACUGAGUUCCGGUUAUCCCCGAGUUGUUCACUGCCAGAGUCAAGUAUGUGACUUGACAACAUUUAAAAACCCCGUGGGCCCUCAUCGAGUCGCCCGCAUCGCCCUUCCCAAACCAUUCUACAUCCCUCAGGAAAGUAUCCUCAUCAAUCGGGCGGAUGAUGCCACAUUUGACCUGGCAGACUCCUACGACAUUGUUGUCGAGCUAGAGGCUGCCCAUGACGGAUAUUGGCCGCCACUGGACUCGAGCGAUUUCGGCGCUCUCCCGGCUUCAUCCAGCCUCGCCUCGGUCCCCGGCAAAGCAUGGGUCCUGUCAAGCCGGUUUGACCAGAUUUUUGGCAGGCUAAAGAGCCCCUUAUCCUUGUCUGCAGGAUAUUCAGCACCUGAGCCCCCAGUUCGCACAGAUUAUGUCAUGGAUAUUGAUCUACGCUGGUCGGCUGGCUUCAAAGCCUUGAAGCGUCUGGAGAAAGGCUCCAUGCCCUGUAUCAACGCUGUGGAUCCCGAUGCUGACCCUUUUGUGGACGACUUGUUCGCUCCAUCAAUGAAUGGAGGGAUCCAUAGCAUCAAUGGUCACCACGUAGAUGAGUCCUCUAUUGAACUCGACGAUGACGGCCUAGAUGGCUUCGAUGGCGCACAAACCCCUUCAAGGUCGUUGAGGACUCGCGAAAAGAAUAAGGUGUACAACCUGAAAGUCUUAAGCGACCAAGCUCAGGGGAGGGAAAGAAAGCGGCGCGCACGGGCUAGUCACAUUGCAACAAAUGAAGGCCGUGUUAGCUAUCUUCUACCUUCUGAUCAACCGGUUUGCCUAGACUAUUACCGCUGUAUAACUUGCGGAGUCUACCACCAGACAAUGCAGCAACUGCAAGUCCACUUGCAAACCUUCCACCCUACGUACAGCUAUGUGCUCGAGACAACGAGUCAAGGACCGCAAUUUCGAGUCACUAGUCGCUGCGAGCCCAUAUCCUCUCCCUUGAAGCAGCAGUAUCAGAUAAACCCACCCGUCAGGCCAUUCAACCUUGAAACAUAUCUGGUUGGCGACCAGUCAUGGAUUUCCUCUCGACUUGGACCGGAUACAGUGGAUGAUAUAUUUACCUUUUCGGGGGACAAGAGUACCUAUGAUAGGCUUCCUUCCCAAUCGCCAAACGAGAAGAUCUUGGUGCCCAAAAUUAAACAAGCUCUGUUUGAUCCCAUUAGCAGAGCACGUUUAGUCCCAGGCCAAGAAGUGCCAAAGAGGCCGCUGGACAACACAUGGCUGAUCCAAAAGCACCGAGAGAGCACAAGUGAUUUUUCCGACGUGACUCCUGCAGAAAAGGAGUACAUAUGGGAGUGGGAUGGAUACAUUCUUCGCCAAAGCCUCACAUCUGCCGCUUAUUUUCCUCGAGCCUGGUUGGGCUUUGUUCGAGAGAAGGCGUCUUGGCUUGCUGCCGCUGACCAACGUGUGCUAGAGUUUGGCAAGCACGCUAGCUUGCUCCGAGUCCGCGAUAUGCUGGAUGACAAUAUCAUCCGGGAAGCCUUUACCCACAUCAACAACGCAAGAAUAAGGCCACAAGAAGUUGCUGGUGAUGAGAAUGGCAAUGCCCAAGCUGAAGAUGGGAGUGGCAAUGCCAAAACUGAAGAUGUAGAUUCAAAACAGUCUCCCAGAGCGACCCAAAUCCGCAAAGGAGCAAACGGCUGUACUGUCUGUCAGCUGCCGGUCCUGGGUCCAAGAAUGCUGAUCUGCUCCAAUAAGGCCUGUCCCCAGAGACUAUACCACUCAGACUGCGUAGAACAAGAGGCAGUCAUGUCAGUUGAAAAGAAGGAAGUUUGGCGUUGUAAUGCGUGCUGCGCCGGUAGACCAACCUAA